AUGGCUCAUCCAUUACGCCCCUCGGCUAUUGCGAGAGCAAGAGCCGGAGUGCCGCAGCAAUGGACAUCCAAGUCGAGGCAAGCAAUGCCGAUGAGGAAUGCCACAACACCCAACGAUCCAAACACCGACACGCUCACCGCCAUGAUGAGCUUCAUCUCCAAGUUCGUCUACGCUUCGUCACAUAGCUGCCGUCGUUGUCACCCUCAGUCGCACUUCCACCUCCACAACAAAAGACAUCGGGUAUCAGUAGCUCAACGGCCAGAUAAGAACACCAACGUCGUCAGUUAUAUCAGCAACGGCAACAGCUCUUUGAGCUCCUCCUAUCAACAACAACGCCAUUUCCACAACUACUUCGUCACCCAUCUCCCCUCAUCCUCCCUCCACCCGGAUCCUCGUAUGCGCUCCGGCCCACACCAUAAGCUCCCGCGCAGUGCCUCAACGCCGCACACUCCAGGCCCGGACGAGGCCAGCCCAGCCGCCGCACCGGAGCUUAUCAGGUCGCCGGCCGCUCGCGAGCUGACUGUCGUACGCAUCCCGCUGCGCAGUGCCAAGCACCACUUUGGCGCCCACAACUCGCGUGGCCAGCGCAAGUACAACGAAGACACCAACCAGGCCGGCACCAUCGACCUGCCGGCCUUUGCAAAGCGUGUUCCCGUCAGCUUGUCGCGCUCAUCUGCCAGGAAUACAGGUGAGGGGAGCGUUGCGGAUAGCAAGAGCAGCGGAGAUCCGCAGAUAUUCUAUUUUGGCGUCUUCGACGGUCACGGUGGCACCGAAUGUUCCGAGUUUCUGAGGGAUGAGCUGCAUUGCUAUAUCGAGGACGCUGCCGUGCAGUUUGGGCUGGGGAGCAGUCUUCGCAAGGAUUCCCAUAUUGGCAGCGCCAACAGCAGCGGUAGCGCUGGUGGGGGUUCUGGAGACGAAGGGGCCGAAGCAAGGCAGCGCGACGAUAGGAGGCGAAGGGUGGAUAUGAAAGGGCCAGAAGAUGUCAAGUCGCGUAUGAACAUCCCCGAACCUACCCAAGAGGGUCGUAUUAUUGGCCAAAAGCCUCCGACGGCAGAGCCGAUUGAGAGUACCGAUCCUCAGCCGGUAACUGCAGACAUUCCGGCAGCGCUACGGCUCGAACGGGAACUACUCAGCGAAUACAAGGACACGGUCGGGGGCUACUUCCGACGCUUCAAACCUGCACACUUCAGCAUCACCAAGAGCUCACUAGACUCGACCUCAGACCCAUCAACCGACGCGGGCGAAACGCCAGGCACGGACGUCACCAUCGAGUCGGUGCUGACCUAUGCCUUCCUCCGGGCCGAUCUAGACUUCAUCACAGCCCAAGCCCGCAAGCCGGAUGCGGAUGAUCCCAAGCUCGCCGAGUCGCCCGUGAACAACGAUGAGGUCCUCGGCGCGCCUCACCAUGUGGCGCCCAGCUCGGGACGCCGACACCGCAUCGGCGGUCCCACGCGCUUCAAGGGCGGCUCGACGGCCUCGGUCGCCCUCAUCUCGACCCCUACGCCGGCCCCCUUCUGGCAGCCUUCGGCCAGCAGCACCCUCUUGGUGGCCCACGUCGGCGACACGCGCGCACUGCUCUGCGAGACGGCCACGGGCCUCGCCCGCGCCUUGACCUCGGACCACCACCCGUCGUCGCCCGCCGAGGCCCGGCGCCUGAGCCGCUUCCUCGGCUCCAGCGUCGCUACCGACUCGUUCGGCGAGGAGCGCUUCAGCGGCCUCGCCAACUCGCGCGCCUUUGGCGACCUGCAGAGCAAGCGCGUCGGCGUCUCGGCCGAGCCCGAGCUGUGCCGCACAGAGAUGGGCCCCGCCGAGUACAGCUUUCUCGUCCUGGUCAGCGACGGCGUCUCGGGCUCGCUGUCGGACCAGGAGAUUGUCGACGUCGUCAAGGAGGCCAAGACGCCUGAGCAGGGUGGCCGCGACGUCGUAGACUACGCCACCGAGGUUUCGGCCGACGGCGACAAUGCCACCUGCCUCGUCGUGCGUCUCGGCGGCUGGGAGCGCCGGAGCGAGGGUGGGCUCGGCAGUCUCGGCACCAAGGAGAUACGCGACAUCCGCAGGACCGAGGCGCAGAAUCCCAGAGGCAGGAGAAGAUGA